GAGAAAAAUAAAUAUCUGGAGGAGGCGCGAAGAUAAGAGGAGGCGGUGAAACGGCGAAAUUCACAGGCCGUCCUCAGCUUUGGACGACCGAAAAAAAAAAUGGAGCGGACGCUGCUCACUUCCCCAUCGACUCCAUGCUUUCCGAAAAUGGCCAUUAGACCUUCUCAUUUCAAUGUACGCUAUGCAAGAGAUCAUAAUCAUUUACACGUAAGCAAGCAAAAGACUAGACUCAUCUCAUGUGCCUUACCCGAAACGGCUGCAUCAAUCGUGGUCACUGCUGUGGCUGUGGCUGCAUCAGCAACACUUCUUUUUAGAAGAACAAAAGCUUCUGAUAACUUAGACAACCCUACGAAGCCUUGCGAAGAAUGUGGAGGUUCUGGUAUCUGUCCAGAAUGCAAAGGAGAGGGAUUCGUGCUGAAGAAAUUGUCAGAGGAAAGUGCUGAUAGGGCUAGAUUGCUUGCCAAGAACAUGGCAACUCGAUACACAGCAGGGCUACCAAAGAAGUGGAGUUACUGUACAAAGUGUUCUUCAGCUCGGUCUUGUCGUACAUGCGGGGGGACUGGACAAAUCAGCUUAUCAAGCUGAAGUUUCAGUUUCACUUGGAGCAAAAUGUCAAGGUUGGUAAUGGGUGUGAUCUACUCCUCAUUUCUCCAAUGAUCACAUUGGAGUAGCAGGGCCAUGCGCUAAAGAUCAAAAGAAAUAUUUGUAGAAAGUACAGCAACCAGAUCGCGAGAAGUCUCAUCUGCUGCUGCUCCUUCCUAUGUAGAUUAGAGUUAUUGACAUCAUAUGCCUGCUAUCGUUGUGAACUUCUUCUCUAAGCUCGUCAUAUCACCAUCUUUUGUAUUUAUAUGCAGUGUUCUACAUUUCGUGAUUCACUAGCCUUCAUGCUUAUCAUUACAGUUCACUUUUUCAUGAUAAUUAUAUGUUUUCUGUA